UCGUACCUACUAACGCCGCUAUGAAGUUGACAAUAUAUUAUGAUUUCCACGUUCAUAAACUGACAGUCGACGAGUGUACUCAUUGUGAGUCAUGAUAAACAACAUGGUAUGAUCUCAAAGGUCCAGAUUGGGUUCAAAGUCUGAGCAACACGUCACUUGCUUACCCCUAAUUGUCAUUCAAUAUUUAAAUUAUGAAUAAGACACACCUCACUAAGUUACGUUCUAAACCAACCGUCAAGAAGUUACGAUCCUAACCUUGUUGAUUAUAAUAAUAUCAUGAUGCAUGGGUGUACUCGGUGUCUUAAAAAUCUUGGUACAUGUGCAGAAACUAAUGGCAUAAUACAUCUCCAGAAUGAGUCAGUUUUUACCCUACCUCCCUUUUUUUGUUAUUAUUGUUGACGACUGUUCGGAAAAUGCACCGCGUCCAUCGUACUUACACUUGACUCCAGUAAAAGUCGACAUUUUUAAAACACAAAUAUGCUUUUGCGACUGUCAGUUAAUGAAUGUUGAAAUUAAUAUUCAUCACGAUUUACUAUGACAAGACGGUCAGGAAAGCAAAAAAUAAAUAAAAAAUAAAUAAUAAUAAUAAUAAACCCAAGCGGGUUCUGGGAAAGAACAUAUUGUAACCGCUUGCAAAUGUUUGUUAAAGCCGUGAAAAAUAAGAAGAUCGAAUAACGGAACAGCCAUUUCCCGAAAAAUUUAGCAUAUUUGAUCGUAGGUACUCGCGGUAAUCGUUAAACAUCGAAAUCUAUUUGGAAAAUUUAUUUGGUCUGCGUUAUUUGGUUGCAAAGCAGCUUUGAAACCGAUUAUUUCCGAUUGAUAUAAUAUAAUUUAAACCGGUUGAUUAAAGCGAUUCAGGCUGUAGAGUUCUUCUAAAAAUAUACGAAUAUUAUCUGAUAAACAUCGAAAUCAAAGUGUAUGGUCAUUCAAAAUUAUAGAAAAAAAUCACUUGUUAAUAAUGGUAUUAUGAUCUAUAAUCACGAAAGGACGUCGUGGUGACAUUAAUACAGUUGAUAUUAUCUAUUCGAUAGUCGGUAGAUUUAAACCCCGAUACUCAAUGCGCAUAAUAUAUUAAAAACGAUCGUUACGUCGGACGACUGUUGUUGACGGUUAUUAAUCGCUGCUGGCACGCGCUCGACAGUGUACCCACGGGACAGCCGUAGCACGUUGACGCGGUUGGCCACACUGAGUCAUCAGAGAAACUGGCUUCGAAGCGUUUAUACAGUCGUUCGUCAGUACUCAGUAUCCGUAUAAAAUCUUUUCAAACGUUACGCGGCCUACGACAUUUUAUGAUUUUCGUUUAUCUCACCGUUUGUCCGAGAAAAACGUCCGACAACUCGGAACAAAUGAGAUCCAACCGGCAUAUAAAACGCAUUAAAAGAUAACUCGAAAAUGGAUUCAUUUACGAUUAUUUUGACGACCAUCAUCAUACUUUACGAACUCACGAAUGCAUUGGGCGCGGCGGCCACCGUUUGCGAUAACGGAAUGGCUUGCAAAUGCAUCAAUAACACCGUGUCGUGUAUGACGUUAGAACAAGAUGGAGAAAUUGUCCUCCCGUACGGCUCAGAAAUCGUACGUUUUGACGACGUCCCUAUCGCGAUCAUCAACAACACCACGUUUGCAAAUGGGAAACAACUGCGGGAAAUUACAUGGGUGGCGAGCAAGAUAAAAUCAGUUGAAGCCUUAUAUCACAAUGAUCUUAAGUACUUAGAUUUAUCUAGAAAUAAUAUUUUUAAACUGUCGGAUGAUACAUUUCACAACUGUCCUCGUUUAGAGUACAUAGACCUGUCUGACAAUCAACUAAAUAUUUUAUCAGACGAUUUAUUUAUAGACACUAGCUCACUGAGAACAGUCAAUUUAGAAAAUAAUAAUUUUAAAUCAAUAUCAGAAAAUUUGUUCAAACAUACUAUCUAUUUAAAAAACCUGAGUAUAGGUAAUCCAAAUUUAUCUUUACUAGAUAAACAUUCAAUGACAAACUUGUAUAACCUGGAAUACCUUAGUAUACAAAAUAGUGGAAUAAAAAAUCUCAAUCAAAGUUCCUUCGGUGAACAUAUGUAUCUAUAUAGUGUCAUAUUGAAUAACUGUACACAUUUAUCAUCAAUUGACAACGAUUUCUUUAGUUCAUCGCCAAACAUCAAAGUGAUAGAACUCAAUGAUUGUGGAACAAUUGAUUCUUUACCACCUAGCAUUGUUUCUCUUAAGAACCUACAACAUUUACAAAUGUCAAAUACACAUAUUCAGCCAAAUUGUAAAAAUGGAUGGUUUAGCCAAUGGUUUGAUAAUAAAACAACUACUGUAGUUGGUUAUGAAAAGUAUUCAAAUUUUAUUGAAACACUUAAUGAAAUUAACUGCCCACCAAAUAUCUACUAUACAAACAGUCCUAUUACAUUACAGUUAACCAAAAAUGGAAUUAUUAAUUGUAUGGCUUAUGGAAAUCCACUUCCAGCAAUUACUUGGUUAGUGCCAGGUGGAUUAACAUUUCAUGAAAAUAAACAAGCCGAUAUAAAUAUAUCACACCAUCCAAACAUCCAUAUCUGGGAUCUAAAUCAAAUAGUUAGUCAAUCACUUUUAACUGACAAAAAUGGAUCUUUACAUAUUCUACGAAUGCUAAGAACUCAUAUUGGUAAUUAUACUUGCUUUGUAUCAAAUAAAUAUGGAAACAGUUCAAAACUAGUGGAAGUACAUCUAGACAGUGGAGUAUUUUUCAGUAUCAAAAUAAAUGCACUGUUAUUAGGAAUAUCGUCAGCACUAGGAUUUUUAAUGCUAACUAUAUUAUGCUGUGCUUUCAAGCUAUUAUUAAUAAGACUGAAUUGUAUAAAAAAAAAGGGUCAACAGACAGAAACAGAAAUGGGAUCUACAGAAAAGCCAAAAAUUUUUCCAGCAGAUGUUUAGUUAUAAUCGCUACAAGAAAUAUUGUCUUUUGGUCAACAUUAAUCCAUGUUUGGACUAUCUGCUAGUCCAAUUGACGGAAGUGGAAUUAAAUUGGAAUCUGCAUACAUUAAGAUGAAUGUUUUGUUUGUAAUAAAUAAUAAUAAAAAAAAAUGUUAUGUUGUUCAAUUAUAUUUCCAUAUUAUUGUUUAAUGAAUGUAGAUUUUUGUAUUAUUUUUGUAUAAUAAAGUAAAAUAAGGGAUAUUUAUUAUAUUAAAUGAAAAAUAUAAUGAUUUUCAUAUAUUUUACAACAAUUGAUUAACAGGUAAUACAAACAUUUAAUUUAAUGUAUCUAUUUUUUAUAGAGGAUAGUAUACACACUCAUCUACCUUACAGUAGGUGUCAAUGUACCUCGACUUUGACUUACUGUAAUGUAUGUGUAAAAUUUAAAUUCAUUGCUAGGAAUAACAGAUCUGUGUGAAGAUUAUCUGUCAGCCAUUAUAACUUAGUGUAUUUUAUGAUAAAUUUAUCUUGUAUUAUAAUAAAUUAUUUUACUAUAUAAGUAAUACAGUAGGUUGAAUUAAUUUUUGUUAAAAAUAUUGUAUUUGAAAAUGUCAUUAUAUAGACAAUUUUUUUUUUUUAAUUGCAUAUUAUGGAAAUACAAAAUAUAAUAUAUGUUAAGUUUCAAAAUUGUUAUGUUUAGUUUAAAUAUCAUAUGACCUAAAUAUUUGAUUUAAUCCAAAUUCAACCAAAAUGUCUAGAAAUAAUUCUGUUUUUAUAUAUUUAAGGUAUGAAACUUAUAGGGAAAUUUGUAUUCAAUUUUAGAUUAACUAUACAAAGCAAAGCUUUAUAGAUUGGAAAUUAUAUACAUUUUUUACUAAAACAA